AUGCAAAGUCGCGAUUUUGAACAGCUUUGCGAAUUUAUGAUGCGCGUCAAUCCGGCCAACGACAGCAGUGAGGGAUGGAUGGAGAGUAGCAGCGACACAGACGAUCCCGAACCGAUGACCACUGCUCCCACAGCUAUAUCGCAACCACGAUUUAACCGGCGAAGUGGAACCGGAUGCGAACACCAUUCGCUCGUUUAUGACUUGGGACGGCAUACUGUGGAGCAUUGGGCAAAUUUUGCGAAAAAAGCCAGCUUUUGA